CACCAGGACACCAGGACAUCACCAGCUCGAGAAGGGUACAAAUCAGCCGAAGACAGACAAAACAGAAGAAUAACCAAGAGAAGCUCAGCUCACCUGAAAUGGCUUGGCAAAGAUCCGUUAUGAUACUUCUAAUGCUGUUGGUGAUUCCUUCUGCAGGUAAACCUGUAGGUUAUAUGGAAGAUGCCGUGCCUCCACCUCCACCUGAGGAGGGCAUGGAAGCACCCAGUGUCCAGGGGGUGCCACUGCUGCGCCAGGAUCACCCAGAGAGUGCAGAGGAUGGGCUGAGGAAGCUGGAGGAUUGGCUGGAAAAGGAGGUGGAGGAGAAUCUGGAGAAGAAGGCCAGGAUGGAGCUGGAGGAGGAGGAGGAGAAGGAGGAGGAGGAGGAGGAUGAUCACCUGGUGGAGGAAGGUGACAUGGGGGAGGGGGAUUACCUAGAGGAGGAUGAGGAGAAGGAGGAGAACAUUUAUGGAGAAUCCAUGGAGAAAAGGGAAGUGGGAGAGGAAGAUGAGGAGGAGGAGGAGGAUGAUCACCUGGUGGAGGAAGGUGACAUGGGGGAGGGGGAUUACCUAGAGGAGGAUGAGGAGAAGGAGGAGGACAUUUAUGGAGAAUCCAUGGAGAAAGGGGAAGUGGGAGAGGAAGAUGAGGAGGAGGAGGAGGAGGAUAUGGUGGAAGAUGAAAUGGAUGAGGGGGAUGGCCUGGAGGAGGAGGAGGAGGACAUUUAUGGAGCAUCUAUGAAGCAAGGGGAAGUGGGUAAGGAGGAGGAGGAGGACUAUCUGGAACUAGAGGAGGAAAAGGAGGAGGAGCAGGAAGAGGAGAAGGAGGCCCUUCUGGAGGAGGAUAAGGAGGAGGGAGAGGAGGAAGAACGCCUGGAGGAGGAAGAGGAGGGGGAGGCCUACCUGGAGGAGGAAGAGGAUGCUCGACUGGAGUUGGACAUGUAUGAGGAUUAAAUAAGCCUUACCUACUGUGUAUAUGUAGGCCUACUGUCUUCUUUACUGUCUGUGGUAUCAAAGUUACAUUAGCAUCAAUCAGCUACAACUGAAAUGUGACUGGUAUAUUAGUAGAAUAUCCGUUGAAAUGAACAAAUAAAUAAAUAACAGAUUUUACAUUGAA